CUCGAGGGUCCUGCAGAUCCACUGAUCUAACACCAGCCUGCUCCUCGAGGGUCCUGCAGAUCAGGACACAAAGCCUCCAGGGGGUCAUGUCGGGGGGCAGCGGUACGAACAACAACUGGACCAUUCUCACCUCUGAGGAAACUGUUGCUGAGACCCUGAGGCCCUUUGCAGCAGGGACAACAGAGCAGCAUGAUGAAGGCCAAACAUCUGCAACAGAACCAGGUUCUGGAGAGUCCAACCAGCCUGCGAGGAGUGCAGAGUCUGCAGAGGGGCUCUCUGUGGGAGAAGAUCCAGAGUCAGAACAAAAAGCAGCCCAACACAGAGCCCAGCUCAGCUCACACUCUUCUCCUCCAUCUUUGGACCAGGCGGAGGAAGUCGGGCCGACGAAGGGCCAAGCUGAGGGACCGGCACGGCCCGGCUCGGACCCCGAUCCGUCCUCUGACUCCUACACCAUCCUGACUCCUCCUGGACCAGCUGAGCUCACACGGGCAGAAGGUGAAGAAACUCUGCAGGAGCAUCAGCUGCAGGGGGCGGAGUCAGAGCUGCAGGGGGCGGAGUCAGAGCAACAGACAGCCGACGCAGAGCUCAACGAGGAGACGGAGGAGAGAGGAGAGCCAGAGCAGAGGAGGAGGAAGUCUCUCCUCGCAGCUCUGGAGCAGAUUGGAAGAAGGGAAGAGGAAGAUGAGGAGGAGGAGGAAGAGUUCCAGGUUCCCCAGCAGGAGAACAACAACAUGUUCUCUCUAAACAAGUGCAUCCUGGGAGUGGUCCUCCUCUUAGCGUUUGGCACCAUCUUCUUCUCAGGUGUCUUCAUGGACCUACAUGAGGAAAGUGACCAUUCUACAAACGACCUGAGAGACACAGAAGCAGCAGGAAACCAGAGCCCUGAGGUUCCUCCUCACGUCGGAGACCACAGCUCGCAGCUCCUGAAGAAGUUGGCCGAAGGAAACGAGCAGAUUUCUGCGCUGCAAGCCCAGCUUCAGGCACAGAACGAGGAGCUAAAAGUAGCAAAGGAGCAGGCAGCCAAGGGAGUAAAAGAGCGUCUGCUCUGGGAGGAGGUGGAGAAGGAAAACAGUAGGAUGAAGGCAGAGAUGACGUCUCUCCCUGUCCUUCAAAAAGAGAACGACAGGAUGAAGAGAGAGCUGGAGUCUGUCCCGGCCCUACAGAGAGAAGUAGAAACCCUGAGGUCCACUGUGUCAAAAUUAAAACUCUCCUCAGCAGCUGCUCAGACUCAAGCAGACGUGAGUCUCUCCUCGUCGCCCCCUGCUGGACAACCAGAGGACAGCAGCCAGGACGCAGCUGGGACAACACAACAACAACACACCGGGAAGCUUUGGGACAACAGCAAGGAUCUUAAGAGACAUAAAUACGAAACAGGUGACAAGAAACAGCCUAAAGAGCUAGAAAAGUCUGCGAGGAAAGGAGGAGAAGAAAAGGAGUUUAAAAAAGAGUGGAAGAAGGAAAAACAUGAGGAAGAAAAGGCAGGUAAGCACAAAAAGCAGAGUGGUGAGAUGAAGGAGGGAAAGAGGGAGAAAUCCAGAGGUGAUGAUGGAAAAUAUCGGAAGGAUAAGGAAGAGAGAGGCUGGAAGAAGGGGAAACACGAGGAUGUAAAUGAAGAAUGGAAAGGUGAGGAGGAGAAAAAGGACCGAGAGGAUGAGAAGAAAGACAAGGAGGCGUGGAAGAAAGUGAAAGAUGGCAGCAAAGAGAAGUGGGAAAGGAAAGCUUGGAAGGAGACAGGAGAAAAAGAGUGGAGGGAUAGAGAGCAGGGUAAAGAAGGGAAGGGAAAGGAUGGAAGGAAGCAGGAUGGCAUUAAUGACAAGGAAAAAAGGAAGCAGUGGAACGACAAGGAGAGGAAGAGUAAGGAUGAAAAGCAGGAUGAAAAAAGGAGGAAAGGCGAGAAGCUGGAUGAGAGGAAAAGAGGACAAAAAGAGAAAAAAACUAAAGACUGGAAAAAAGACCAGUCGCACCCCCUGAAACCCAGAGAGGAGCACCUGUACGGCCAACAGACCCCGCCCCACUCGCACCACAGACCCUCUGUGGCCCAGCCCGAGUACUGGCUCCAGCAGAGGCUCCGCCUCCGCCGCCGUCCCAGACCCCCGCAGCGCUGCGACUCUCCGGAGAGCUGCGCUCUGACGCAGCGCCUGCUGCCCGUCACCUUACCUGAGUUCCAGGCCGUCCUCCAGUCCUACCUGAGCAGGGCCCAGCAGGCCGGCGUGGACCGGGCCAGAACCGAGGAGCUCCGAAAGCUUGCUGCCGAGUUCUUCCAGGAUGGCGUGUUCGUGCACGAGCAGAUGAGCUUUCAGGACUUCGUGGAGGAUGUGGCAGACAUGUUGGAGGACCUGGUGGAGGAGGAGGAGCAGGAGGAGGAGCAGGAGGAGGACAGCGCGUUAGAGGACGAGAUGGAAGAGUUUGAAAAAGAAGUGAUGAUGAAGUUUUCAGCACCGGGAGGUGGAGAGAAAGAGAGAGUCAAAGAGGAGUGGAGGAAGAAGAGCCGACAGGAGCGUGGCUGAAACAUGGAUCCGUCUGAAGCAGAGAAGAGGCCAGAAACAUGGUGGAACUCCUGCUUUUCACCAGAAACCUACACGUUUCCCACAAGCUGUUCUUCUGUUUGGUUUUUGUUUUUCUCCAUGUUUUAUUCUGCUCCACUUCCGUCUGUCGUCUUUUUAAAGUUUACUCACCGACCUGAGUGUGAUCACACAGAACGAGCCUGGACCUGCACUGAGACUACCUUCAGUCCAGACCGGUGAUCAGAACCACCACCUCACAGAGAGAAGACUGGAGGGGGAGGAGCCUAAACAACAUGGAUGGAUGUGGAGUCCAGGAAAAACUGUCUCCUGACUAUUAGUAUUAUUAAUUAUUAUUAUUAUUAUUAAAUUCUUCCUAGCUGCAGCUGAUUUGAAUAUCUUGUGUAAAAAGAUGAAAGCUGCUUCAGAUGUUUUCAGUCUAAACUCCACCUGUUCAAACGCCUCCAGUUUUUCCUCUGAACUGAUUAAUUACUGAUAAUUAACAUUUAUCUUUAGCAGCUCGUUAACAAGCCUUUCUGUUCUGAAGCUGUUGACACGAGACAUGUUUGCAUGAGAAAGCUUGAAUAUUUAACUUGUUAAAGGGUAUUUGUUGGGCACAUGUUGAGCAUGUUUAUUUAUUUUCAGGUACAGAAAUUGUCGCGCACUAAAAUGUCUCGUUUGACUUGGACUGUAACUUUUGUUUUUGUUGUUUAGGUUGAUGUUGUUCCUUUUUAAGUUGUGUUCAAAUUUGUUUUUUCUCUGCUGACGUGAGUUAUGAUGUUUGGUCAGUUCAGAGCAGACUGUAGUGUUUUUUUAUUUUUUGUAGUGUUCUAAGCUUCUGUUACUGCUGCAGGCUAAUAUAAUAAACCCUUUUGGUGGAAUAGAAGAGAAACUUUGUCUUGUUUGAACUUAAAGAAACAUUAAUCUGGUCCCUGUCAGCAGCUGAUCUGUUCAACAAUAAUGGAGCAUUUUUUUAAUGAAAUGAAACGAAUAAAUGAACUUAUUUCAUUUUAAAACCUCA